ACCGGAUGUUAUUUACAGAGAAGCAAGUUUUAUUUCAUUCUUGCAAGAAAACAAAUAUAUUAGUUCAUAUCUUUUUCUGUCAGUGGAUAUGUAAUUCUAUAAACCUUGUGAAAAUUUAAUUAUUAAUUUGGUAAAAGUUACUGCAUUUUCCACAAGAUUUACACAAAGUUUCAGAAUAAGAUAUGGUGGUGUUAGAGUAUUGAGACAGAUACAUGUACAUGCAUGUCAACAUGGAUGGAGAAUUGACUGUGAUCCCGGUUGACGAGGAUGGAAACCAGCUCCAGCUGUCCACGCAGGAGAUCUCCGCAGUGCAGAGUCAGGUCAGACACAUCCAGUCUCAACUACAGCUAGACGAUGCCAGCUUCACCACCGGUCAGACGGAUGUGGUAGUUCCCUCCGUAUCAAGACUGAACGCUUGGAAAACAGAUGGGUAUAACGAGGAUAACAUUGACAAAGCAGACUGCAGCAAUUGGCAGAACAUUCUGAAAGCAGACGGCAACAAUCAACAGAAUGUUCUGAAAGCAGACAGCAAUAAUCGGCAUAGCAUACUGAAAGUAGACAGCAACAAUCAUCAUAAUAUUUGGAAAACAGACGGGAAUGAUCAGUUGGAAACAGCUGCUGCCAGCACUUUUAUUUCAUCAGAUGUUACAAAAUCGGGCUGUAUCACAGGCAGAGUCCGUAGUAGAAGUGAGGUGACUUCAGAUCACAUGCGUCCAGUGGUGUUGGUUUGUAAUGUAAGAGACCGCGAGUUCGGUGGUGAUGACGAUGGUGGUGGUGAGAAGGUGAUGAUGGUGUCGGGUGUGAGGAACAUGUCGCCGGCUGGCUUCUUCCACAACUUGAGCAGUGAUGAGACCGAACCUUCCUUUCAUCUGUACAGGUGUCCGACCUGUUACAAGACUUUCACGUCAGAUGGGACCCUGGCCAAGCACAUGCAGGUUCACACCCCUGAGAGUUUUGUCUGUCUGGAGUGUGGAAAAACCUUCAACCUGAAGGGUAAUCUACAGAAACACAUGGACACCCACAGUGGGAAGAAACAGUUCAAGUGUGAGGAAUGUGGGAAGGAGUUUCUCCUGAAAGGAAACCUCAAGAAGCACCAGCUGAACCACUCAGGCCAAAAGGACUACAUUUGUCUUGUAUGUCAGAAGAAGUUUGUCCUGAAGGGCAACUUACAGAAACACCUGGCGACGCACAUCAAGCCGUUCGACUGUGAGCAGUGCAGCGAGGCGUUCUCCACCCAGGCAAGUCUGUCGAGGCACAUCAAGUCCUCGCAUGCAGAACCCUCCGUUUACGAGUGUCACUUGUGCAGGAAACAGUUUCACUACAUGCGGUACUUACGACAGCACAUGGAAACGCACCAAGAGAGCAUCGCGUAUACGUGUAGCAGUUGCGAACAGCAGUUCAAGACCUCGGCUCUGCUGAAAGCCCACAAGCGUAGGGCGCACACGGAACCCACCGAAGAAUGUGAGACAUGCGGAAAGAAAUUUUUAACAAAGCACGACCUGAAACGUCACGCCGAAAUCCACAGAGAAGACAAGCCAUUUCAGUGCGAAAUCUGUAGAAAGACGUUUGUCAGGAAAGCAGCGCUGUCAAAACAUCUUGGUUCUCACAAGGACUUCAGAUGUGACAAAUGCAGUGCUUCGUUCAACACGGAGGAAAACCUGCACCAUCACGAAUCUGUUCCGUGUGGUGACAAUGUUCUGGCUUGUCCCAUAUGUCAGCAGUCGUUCACCCGAAGGGCCAAUCUGAAACGUCACCUGCGGUACCACGGAGGCAAGCGUUCGUUCACGUGCGACAUCUGUCAAGAGAUGUUCACGCGGAAGGAGAGCAUGCAGCGCCACCUGAUGGGACACCGCGACAUCAAACCUCACGAGUGCAACUUCUGUGGGAAGCGCUUCCUGAGCGCAUGGAACCUGAAGACGCAUCGGUACACCCACACCGGAGAGUGUCCAUACAAGUGUGUGCACUGCGGAAAGGGAUUCCGCUCCACGUGGAACCGGAACAUCCACAUGACCACGCACACGGGACGCAAGGCCUACACGUGUCGGGUGUGUAUGACGCAGUUCACGACCUACACGUCACUGCGGAGACACUCUGCAAGUCACUACCCUCACCUAAACUCGCAGAACACACAGUUGAGGAACAGGAAGCGCAAGUCCACGAUGAAAAUUGUUAAUGCCUGUCAUUCCAAAAGCAGCGGUUCAGGUUCUAAGAAGACAGAUGGGAAGCAAAGGAAAUUGGGAUCUAGGAAAACAGAAUUUAGUCUUCGCCCCAUUCGUAAACCAAACAGAUGUUCGGUUUGUGACAAGGGUUUUUGGUCACCGUUAUUUCUCCAGUCACAUAUUGCAAAGCACAGAGAACAUACAUCUUCUGCAGGGAGCCAAAUUGUUGGUCGGGAAAAUAGGAAUUACGGUUCAAAUAUCGGGUUAUCAGAAAGUGGGUGCGAAGCGUCAGAAAGUUUAAUCAAACCAAUACAGUCGGAUACCGAAGGUAUUGACAUGCAAGUGUUUAACAAAGAUGUCUUCUCCCAUAACUCUUCAUUUCCAAAGCCAAAAUCAUUUGUGUGUAACAGCACAACUCAAAGCAAUAGAUCCAACCAAGAGAUGUCGAACGAUCAUGUAAUGGAUGCAGUUUCUGAAAGCUGUUGUGUACAAAGACUUACAGAUUCAUUAUUGGAAAGACAAACUGGUGUGACUCAGGAAAAUAAAAGUGAUUUGAACACUAUGGUGUGUGAUCUGGAAUCGAAAACUAAGCAGACGUCGAACUUAAUUUCUUCACACAAAAAUUAUAUUCCUUCAGAUCAUAGUGUUGGAAUAACAUCAGAAAAGAAUCUUCGGACUCAGGAAAUAUCAAAUGUAACUGAUAUUCAGUAUGCGAGUAUGAGGCUUGAACAUGUUUCCUCCUGUGAGCCAGGCUUACUCAAACAGGGGGGAAACUCUUCCCAUUUGGUUGCGGACAGAAGUAGACUGAAGAAGAAAAACAUUAGUUUUCAUGCCGAGUGCUACAUAUGCGCCAAGGAAUUUGACAACAAAAGCCAGCUAAAGAGACAUAUGAAAAUUCAUGAAACGGGUUCAUGAUCAGACUGAUUGCGUUAAUUUUAUUAUGAAAGCGGUUUUGUAUAUUAUACAGUGAAACACGUCUAAACUGGAUCGCAUUGGGGAACUAAUAUUUAUCUGAUUUAGACAUGAGUCAGUGUUUAGAGGGUUACAUUUUGAAAUUUAGAAAAUUCAGGACCAUGGAACUUGGCCGGUGUUGGUAAUAUUCCAGUUAGUUCAGUGUCUGGUUUAGACGGGUUUCCCUGCAUUAAGAAACAAUGUGUCUAUCAGGUUUAUAAAGGUGUAUUUAAGACCAAGCUUGUUUCAUAUAAAACUGGUUUGAUGGUCUGUUAAUUAAUAUCGUAACUUAUACUUGUGACAUUAAAUUGGUUACCGUGUCAAAAAA